AUGGCAUAAUGAGAGAUUUAUCGAAACUUGGCCUUUCCAAAUAAGGUAUGAGUUUGGGGAGAAUGGAAAUUCAAUUUCAUCUACGUCACUGCCAUGUCUGUAUCUUGCCAUGGAAGUUAGUGCACUCACCAGCUAGCCACCCUCGUUAUAAUUAUCAUCUUCCUUCACAUGAUCAUACUAGAAAACAGAGAAUUACCGACGGAAAUUUUUUGAUUUAACGACGGAUUUUAGUUUUUUACCAACGAAAAAUUUAAUUUACCGACAGAUUUCAGCCUUUAGCGACGGAAAAAUCCGUUGCUAAAAUACAGUUUUCUAGCUGAUCGCAUGGCAGAAACUGCAAAACUCCCGAUCGUAGACCUCUCUUCACCAGACCACUUCUCUAUCGCAAAUUCCAUUCGCCAGGGUUGUGCAGAAUAUGGAUUUUUCUACCUCAUCAAUCAUGGAAUAGAGAAAGGUUUAAUUGCUAAAGUUUUUGAGGAAAGCAAGAAAUUUUUCUCGCUUCCUUUGAGUGAUAAAAUGAGAUUGAUUCGCCAAAAUCACAGAGGCUACGCUCCAUUAUUCGCUCAGAAUCUCGAUGUCUCUUCUCCUAAUUCCAAAGGUGGUGCAAAUGAAAGUUUCUAUAUUGGUCCUUUACAAAAUAGUGAACUUAAUCAGUGGCCAUCACAAGAAGUUCUCCCGUCAUGGAAACCAACGAUGGAAGCUUAUCACAAAAAACUUCUGUCUACUGGAACAAGAGUACUCUCAUUGAUGGCUUUGGCUCUGAAGUUGGAUAAAGAUUACUUUGAGAAAAUAGGAGCCUUGGAUCAACCAGACGCCUUUCUUCGCCUCUUACAUUAUCCAGGUGAACUGAUGCAUUCUGAGGAAGAGAUAUUUGGUGCUUCGGCGCAUUCAGACUUUGGAAUGAUCACUCUUCUGAUGACUGAUGGUGUGCCAGGACUUCAGGUUUGUAGAGACAAAUUCAAAGAAACACGGACCUGGGAGAAUGUGUUGCAUAUGGAUGGGGCCUUCAUAGUUAACACUGGAGACUUGAUGGAGAGAUGGACUAAUUGUUCUUUUCGGUCCGUAUUGCACAGAGUGAUUCCAACAGGACAAGAACGCUACUCAAUGGCAUUCUUUUUAAAUCCCAACCCAAUUUGCGUUGUGGAAUGUUUGAAAAGUUGUAGCAGUGAAUCAUGUCCCCAAAAGUUUCCUCCAAUUCGCAGCGGAGACUACAUAAAAGAGCGGUUGAGGCUUACAUAUGGCUCAUAGAGUGAAGCCUGAGGAGCAAAACUGGUAGAUGAUCUACCGUUGAAAAAUGUAAUUUACCAGCCGGAACUCAUAUAAUCUUGGCGUUUAUGAUUUAAGUUUGAGUUACUUAUAAAUAU